AGAUGCUCUAUCCAACUCCAGAAAUUUCAAGAACUUAUUAUUCUCUUCCAUGCAUCUGAUUUAAAUACCAUUUUCUUACCAUCCAAACAUAGCAUUAAUUCAACUGAAAACAUUCGCUAUAACUCUCUUCCAAUUCCCUUUAACAAAAAUGGCCUUGCUUCCCUCACUCAUGAAUCAACAAAGCAUCUUCAAUCCUUUUCGAGGUUUAAUUUUCUCAGAAAAUGUGGAAACCCAAAUGGACUGGAAAGAAACUCCACAUGCCCACAUCUUCGAAUUUGAUCUUCCUGGCCUUACAAGAGAAGACGUCAAACUGGAAGUUCAUGAAGGUAGGGUUUUGCAUAUAAGUGCUGAGAGAAAAGAAGAGCCUGAAGAGAAAGGCGACAAGUGGCACUGCAAGGAGAGGACAAGUGGUAGCUUCAUGAGGCAGUUUCGUUUGCCUGAAAAUGCUAAAGUUGAUGAGAUUAAAGCCUCAAUGCGUGAUGGGGUACUCAUUGUGAAUGUGCCUAAAGAUGAAAGGAAGAAGAAGAGUAAGCACAAGUCAUCAGUUGAAAUUUCUGGGGAAGAAGGUCAUCCCCCUAAAGGACUUGGCCGUUUUGUCUGCUGCAAAGCUUGAGGAAAUCAGUUCAUGUUAUGUGUGUUCUAUGAACAAUUAUUCACAUUUGUGAAUUGUGAUGGUGUGAUGUGAUCUUUUUUGUAUCUGGGUUUGUUUGAUUUUCUGUUUGUUACUGGUGUUAUUGUAAAUAUACAUUAAAAAGGAAAAAGAAGUUGUUCAAUACAAGAAUAGCAUUGUUAAUCUGUGUAAUAGCUGGAUCGACUAUGGAAUUAAUGAAGAAUUAACACCAACAGUUCAUUAUCUGUCACAAAAUGCCGACUUUACUCUUGAGAAAUAUGCUCUGUUAUGCAGAAUC